AUGUUCCAUGAUCCAACACAGCCAGACAAACCUGGAUCAUUGAUUGUUGCGAGCAGGAAGACCAGCUUUCUUCUCUCAUUUCCCCUCGCUGCUCAGCUGGAGCCUGUGUCGCCUAGCACACCUCGCGGUUCUCCUAUUGAUUCCAAUCCAGACCUUCCUAGUCUUACCUCCACUUCCACUGGAUCUCUUGACCUUAGCUCCGAGCAGCUUGGUAUCCUGACAGCUCCCCUGCCACUAACCUUGGAGCCUCCAGUUUCUGCAAUCACCUCUGACCCCCCUGAUGGUCACCACCUCUCCAAUUCAAUAUAUUACCUAUGCCUCCCUAAGUACGGAGCCCUGAAGCUCUCCAGACAGCUCCAACGUCUGCUAGCACACCCCCACCUCCGCUGGGCAAUUCACUUGCUUGCCCUGCAAGUCUACCUUUGGGCCUAUCCCCCCUUUCUGCUUGCAGUUCUUAACCCAUCAUUCCGUUAA